GCUCCCGGGAGAGCCGGCGGAGCAGCGGGCAGCCGCUCGGCUCCGCUCUGCGGCACCGGCCCCGGGCAAAGCCCGGCACCCGCAGCCCUUCCGCCGCUCUCCGCCCCGGCCGGCUCUGGUGACGGGAGCCCAUGGUGUCGGGCACCGCGACCUGCACCGGUCGCGGCUCCCGCCUGCCCGGCGCGGAGCUCGGUCCGGCGUGGAGCAGAGGAGGGGACGAUUAGCAGCCGCCGAGGAGCGGUGGGAUGCCGGAGGGACACAAAGCCGCCGGGGGAAACAGCCCUCGGCUCGUCCCGGGAUGGGAGCGCGGCGCCGGCUCCGCCUGAUGGUGCCGUGGGGCUCCGUCGCGCUCUUCCUCCUGCUGCUGCCCGCGGCGGAGCCCAUCUGCCCCGAGCCGUGCGACUGCCAGCAGCACCAGCACCUCCUCUGCACCAACCGGGGCCUGCGCUCCGUGCCCAAGGCCGCCGAGCCCCAGGAUGUCCUCACCUACAGCCUGGGAGGCAACUUCAUCGCCAACAUCUCCGCCUUCGACUUCCACCGCCUGGCCGGGCUCCAGCGCCUGGACCUGCAGUACAACCGGAUCCGCUCGCUGCAUCCCAAGGCCUUUGAGCACCUGGGCCGGCUGGAGGAGCUCUACCUGGGCAACAACCUGCUGCCUGCGCUGGUCCCCGGCACGCUCAGCGCGCUGGUCAAGCUGCGCAUCCUCUACGUAAAUGCCAACGAGAUCGGCCGCCUCAGCGCCGCCUCCUUCUCUGGCCUCAGCAGCCUGGUCAAGCUGCGCCUGGAUGGCAACGAGCUGGGCUCGCUGGGCGACUCCACCUUCUCGGGGCUGCCCAAUUUACUCUACCUGCACCUGGAGUCCAACCGCAUCCGCUGGCUGAGCCGCGGGGCGUUCACCGGCCUGGCCAGGCUGCGCUUCCUUGACCUCUCUGGGAACCAGCAGAGCUCCCUUCGCCACCCGGAACUCUUUGGACCACUGCAUUCCCUGCACACCCUGCUGUUGGCCAGCAACAGCCUGCAGCAUCUGGCAGGGGGGCUUUUUCGGCACCUGCCCACCUUAGCCAAGCUCUCGCUCAGUAACAACCAACUGGCUCACCUGGCACCGGAUGCCUUCGCGGGGCUGGGCUCUCUGAAGGAGCUACGCCUUGAGGGCAACCAGCUGAGCCACCUUCCUGCUACGCUUCUGGAGCCACUCAGCAGCCUGGAGACACUGGAUCUGAGCCGCAAUGUGCUGACUGCCUUGCACCCCACCACUUUUGGCCGUCUUGGCCACUUGCGGGAGCUCAGCCUGCGAGACAACGCACUGGUCACACUCCCUGGCGAGCUCUUCGCCUCCAGCCCAGCUCUCUACCGCCUGGAGCUGGAAGGGAACACCUGGAGCUGCGACUGCCGCCUCCGUGGCCUCAAGCACUGGCUGGGGGCCUGGCACUCGCAGGGCCGCCUGCUCACCGUCUUCGUACAGUGCCACCUGCCGCCCACCUUGGCUGGCAAGUACCUUGACUACCUGCAGGACAACCAGCUGCUGCCGCCACCCGAUGGCAGCCCCUGCCUCAAAGGUGCCUCUCCCUCCACAUCCCCACCGCCGGCUGUUGAGGGGCUUGGCACCAACAGCAGCAAGGCCAUGGGGCUGCUUCAUGAGCCCCCGCGUGUGCCUCCUCCAUCUGCCUCCACUGCCCGCCUGCUGGCAGCGCCCGAAGGUGAGAUGGCUGCACCGCAGGGCAUGGCAGAGGCUCCCAGCCCCACACCGCUGCCUGCCCGCCCCAAGGCCUCAGGGCCGGUGCCACCCAGCGUGGCCUGGCCCCGGCGUGGCGGCAGGCCCCGCUCCGUACCAUCCUCCAGCAUGCCACCACUGGUGUCUGACCCGUGCGACUUCAACAAGCUGUUCCUCUGCAACCUGUCAGUGGAGGCGGUGGGCUCCAGCUCAGUGACGGUGCGCUGGGCUGUGCGGCCUCACCGCAGCCCUCGCCUGCUGGGCCCUGCACGCUUCCGCCUGCUCUUUGACCGCUUUGGUGCAGCUGUCAAGUUCCAGCGCUUCGUCUAUCUGCCGGAGCGUGGCGAGCCAGCUGCCACGCUACAAGAGCUGCGCCCGGACACCCCCUAUCUCGUGUGUGUCGAGGGUGUGCUUGGCGGCCGCGUGUGCCCAGUAGCACCGCGGGACCACUGUGCGGGGCUGGUCACCCUGCCCGAGGGCAGUGCAGCGGCGGCGGGCGGGCCCCGCGGCCCUGACCAGCAGCUCCUCACGCUGGUGCUGCUGGCGGUCAACGCGCUGCUGCUCUUUGCCGCACUGGCAGCCUGGGCCUCCCGCCUGCUGCGGAAGAAGGUGCUGGGGCGGCGGCGGAGGAAGGCAGCUCCUGUUCACGUGCGGCAGCUUUACUCCACCCGCCGGCCGCUCCGCUCCAUGGGCACUGGUGUAUCCGCUGAUUUCUCGGGCUUCCAGUCCCACCGUCCACCCCGUGGUGCUGCUUGUGUACUCAGCGAGGCAGACCUCAUUGAGUUCCCCUGCGAGCGCUUCAUGGACAGUGGCAGCACCCGGCACGGUGACGACCACCUGCUGCAGCGAUUCGCCGACUGAGCUGCCUAAUUACAGCUCCCAGCUGCCCUGCGUGGAAGGAGGGUGGCAGCUGGGCCUGCCUGGAGCUGCAGAGGAUGAGGCGACCAUUGGUCUGUGAGGGGAUGGUGCCGGUCCCUAAGGUCAUGGCCUGCAAGAGAGAAAGCUGUGGUGCUGUCACUGCCUUCAGCCUCUGCCAGGCCCAUACCCCAGGCAAGGGACUAUCAGCAGUAUGAGGGCUUGUUUGGUCACCUCUGAGGUCUCUGUUUCCUUGCAAACCAUCACUAACCCCUGAAAACAACUCAACCGUGACCACAACCGUGCCUUGAUGUGAGGAGAGCAGAUUGGAGGGAGCUACCACAGACAACAGCUGUGCCUUCCGGUGCCAACUCUUCUGCCAAAUAUGUGCCAACAUACAUUUAAGCGUCACAUUUUGCAGGUGGUUUUUCCAGACUGCAGUUGACAGCAUCUCAGCCGUGUACAAGGAUGGUCUGAACUGACAUUUCAAGGUGCAAGCCCUUCCUAAUAAACAAUUUGUACUAAACGUCUGCCUUCAACAUUGUUGCCUAUGAACCAUACAGCCCAGAGGUCAGUCGGAGGGCUGGGAGUGCCCGUAUCAUGCUGGACAGUUUGGAUGCUGUGCCUUUUUAACUCGAAUGUGAGGCGAUUUAAUGUGCGUGUUUUCUUACUUUUGUGUGAACGGGAAGCAAUAACACAGCUGGUUAGUUUUACAGGAAUAUAUUGCUGACACCACUAGGAAAAAACUAACAGAAUUCUGUAAUAUGUUUACAAAUGAGCUUUUUGUUUUAUUUUGUUUUGUUUUGUUUUAAUAAAUGCUGUUGGGUACUUGUACACAUGAAUGUGUGUUUUAGUUCUCUGGGUCCAUGAUGGUCAGUAGGUCACUGACCCUCAGAUAAUCCAUCCUCAUUCCUCAAGGAGUGGAUGCAGAUGCAGAAGCAAACUGUCAAUGGAUAAAUAAUAUUGGUGCCUUUCUUCACAAACAAUAAUAGGUAUGGAUACGUCAGAAAUGUGAAACUAUCAUAACAGGCAAUCUUCUCUUAGCCUUAGCCUACUAAAGUUAGAAGCUUUAUGUACCUCACUGUGAAAUAAAACAUCUUUGUAUAUUAAUCUAGAUUCUGUGUUUUGUGUAGUUGAAUGAGCAGUGCUAAAGUUAAACUCUGGUGCAGUAGUAUAUUACGUUUGAGCUGUAUGUGUGCUUUUUUGUUUCUCCUUUUGAUUGGAAUUUUGUUUCUCUUACUGGAGCAAUGCUAAUCAUUUUAUGAUCAAUUGCUCUCUGCUUUCUUGGAGUUUUACUUUCCUAAAUAUUUACAGAAUGUUGUUAUGUUACUGUUAGAUAUGGUGGCUUAGUUUACAUAAAUAAUUCUAUCUGUGUGGUCUAGAAAUGGACUAAUUAAAAAUGUCCAAACUGUGGUUACACUUUAAAUGCAAAUGUUUUAGAUGGAGUUUGGUAAAUUGUUGAGACCAUUGAUACCACUUGUUCUCCUUUGAAUUUUAUGUGCAACCUCAGAUGAACUCUUGUUGAACUGAAUGGCUGAAAGGAAGUAAUUGGUGGUCCUUGGAGACAUUCAUCUCACACGUUCAUCGCUGACAUGAGAUGUUCGUGACUACAAGUUCUUUGUUACUAUAAUUACAAGUAGACAAUUUGGAGUUUUUCUUUCUUUUGAGAUGAUCAGCUGUUUACAAAAGACACCCUGAUAACUGGUACCUUCAAUUGGCAUUCAUUGGCAAUGGAGAGAACAAGACUUUAAAGUUCAGAGGGAUUUUUAUUCAGUAAGGAGGAGUGGAAAGGGACUAGAUAGUUUGUCUUGAUCUGUGCCUUUUAAAUGGAGAGAAGAAUUCAGAGUUAACUUGAGUUGAUUCCUGAGUCAGCAGCAAAAAGCCCUUCAGAUUUUCAUUUUGACAGGCAGCAGUUUUGAUGAAUAUCAAGGGCCAAGAUCAGUUGUUGGUAUGUAGAUUAAAAUUCAUAGCACUUACAGAACACAGCACUGAGUGAAAUUUAAAGCGAAGGAAUCCAGAAUCAGGCUUUAUUUUUUGAUAAGAGUCUUACAUUUCUAUUCUUCUUUUGAACACCUGGGUGCUUUGGCCAUUUAUGACCAUCUAUGGAGUACACCACUGUUUAUUGUUAGAAAUGUAAUGAAAAUUGUUGGGUAAAGCUGUUUGUCACACUAACAUUAGCUCUAUCGCUGGAUAUUCUUCCAAUGGGAGAUGCAUAGAUGCUGUACAUGGUUAUAAAAAGUUACGUCAAUAAAUCCAUUUGCUGAAGGAAAA